AUGGUCUUGGAUCUGUGGUGGAUCGGCGUGGUAGUUGCUGGUGUCGUUGUAGGCAUUUCCGUCAUAUCUUUCGUCGUGACAAAAGUCCGUGCUCCAGGCUUUAAAGUAGAGGGGAAACACGUGUUCAUAACAGGUGGAAGCUCUGGCUUGGGACUUUCGCUAGCCAAAAAGUAUGCGAAACAAGGAGCCAAGUUGUCGAUCAUCGCACGUGGGGUGGACAAACUCGAGGAGGCUAAGAAGGAGAUUGAAGCCAUUCGCAAGAAUACUGACACGGACGUCUUCAUCCAGUCAUGCGAUGUAGCAGACUUUGCCAGCGUUCAAAAAGCAGUUGACGCUGCCAAUUCGUUUCAUGGCCGUGCUACGGACCAUGUCGUGUGCUCUGCGGGUUUUGCUGCCCCUGGCUACUUCAUGGAGCAGGAUGUGAGUCUGUUCAAGAAGAUCAUGGAUGUCAACUACUUUGGUACGUUGUACACCAUAAAAGCGGCAUUGCCGGCCAUGGUGCGGCGCUCUGAAGAAGGAGGAGAAGGUGGCCAUCUUGUGCUUGUAAGCUCCGGACUUGGACUGAUUUCGUGGAUUGGAUACGCUCAGUACGCUGCUACCAAGUACGCGCUGCGUGGACUGGCCGAGUCGUUGCGUAAUGAGCUUCAGUUGUUUGGGAUUCGUGUAAGCAUCUUUUACCCGGGCAAUAUUGACACACCUGGCUAUGUGGAAGAGAACCGCACUAAACCACCUGAGACCAAAAUCAUUGAAGGAGUGAGCAUACCCCUUCAUUCGGACAAGGUGGCGCAACAACUGAUCAACGGUGUGAGCGAUGGUCUGUUCAGCAUCACCAACGAUCCCAUGAUCUUCAUCCUGCGUGUCCUCGCUAACGGUGUUGCGCCGCGCUACAACACAAUGAUGGAGACCGUGCUGCUGUUUUUAUUCAUCCCUAUUCAGGUGGGCUUUGGCUUCUUCAUGGACUUUAUCGUGUGGCGAACCAAGCAUGCCUGCGAGAACAAGCCAAAGGACGAGUAA